AGCAGGACAAGUGCCUCUUGGGGCCGCUUCCCUAACAAAUGAAAAAAUAAUGCCCUUGAACCAGGAGUGAAACUGAACUAUCUAAGGAAAACACUGUGAGCAAACACCGAGAGCGGAGGGAAACAUCUGAUUAGACGAGCUCCCCUCAGGUGCAAUUUAGGUGCACACCUUCGGCAGCAGGAGGGCGGCAGCUUCUCUGAGGCGCAGCCACAGGGCCGGUGGGCUGGGGCAAUGUCCACCACCACACUCCAAGUGGUGGGGUUCCUCCUGUCCAUCCUGGGCCUGGCGGGAUGCAUCGCCGCCACGGGGAUGGACAUGUGGAGCACCCAGGACCUGUAUGACAACCCCGUAACCUCCGUGUUCCAGUACGAAGGGCUCUGGAGGAGCUGCGUGAGGCAGAGCUCUGGGUUCACCGAGUGCCGACCCUACUUCACCAUCCUGGGCCUUCCAGCCAUGCUGCAGGCGGUGCGGGCCCUAAUGAUUGUGGGCAUUGUCCUGGGUGCCAUCAGCCUGCUGGUGUCCAUCUUUGCCCUGAAAUGCAUCCGCAUUGGCAGCAUGGAGGACUCCGCCAAAGCCAAAAUGACACUGACCUCGGGGAUCAUGUUCAUCGUCUCAGGUCUUUGUGCAAUUACUGGAGUGUCUGUGUUUGCCAACAUGCUCGUUACUAACUUCUGGAUGUCCACAGCUAACAUGUACACCAGCAUGGGUGGGAUGGUGCAGACUGUUCAGACCAGGUACACCUUUGGCGCAGCUCUGUUCGUGGGCUGGGUCGCUGGAGGCCUCACGCUAAUUGGGGGUGUGAUGAUGUGCAUCGCCUGCCGGGGGCUGGCACCCGAGGAAACCAGCUACAAAGCCGUGUCUUAUCAUGCCUCAGGCCACAAUGUCGCCUACAAGCCUGGAGGCUUCAAGGCCAGCACUGGCUUUGGGUCCAGCACCAAAAACAAGAAGAUAUACGACGGGGGUGCCCGCACAGAGGAAGAUGUACAAUCUCAUCCUUCCAAGUAUGACUAUGUGUAAUGCUCCGAGACCCCUCGACAUGAGGAGAAGAAACCCUGCAAAGAGAGCUCACCCCCAAAACAAGGAGAUCCUACCUUGAUUCCUCAUUACUUUUGACUCACAGUCAGAAGUUAGAAAAGGCUUAAUUUCAUCUUUGGUGAGGCCAGAUGGUCUUGGCCACAUGUCUCUCUCUAAAUAUUCCAUCACAAAACAGCUGAGUUAUCAUUUAUAAAUUAGAGGCAAUAGCUCACAUUUUCAAUCCUGUAUUUCUUUUUCUAAAUAUAACCUUUGUAAUCUGAUGAUAGAAUGUGGUUUGAAUUCCUAUCUGACACUUUGAUGAUUUAGACAGACUCCCCCUCCUCCUUCCAGUGGAUAAACCCAUUGAUGAUCUAUUUCCCAGCUUGUCCCCAAGAAAAUUUUUAAAAGGAAAAAAGGAGAAUAGACCAAAAGACAUUAUUUUAUGCUGUUUGAUUUUUGCCUCCUCCA